UCAUUUCGUAAGCGUGAAAGCAUUUAAAAAAUGUUUCUUUCAUUCACGACAACGAUGACGAAGGAGGAUUCAAGUAACGCACGUACAAAGAUAUAUACAUACAUAUAUACACCUUGCACCAAAAUCGUUUGAAAAAAUCGAAAAAAAAUACAUGCAUAAAUGCAUAGAUUCAAACGAUUAUAUUUCCGGUACAUAUUUUUCUUUAAUCGAAGAGACCACGACUCUGACCUAAAAUUUACGCUGCAGAGAAGUCAGUAACCGGUUAAACAAUUCCUCUAUUAUGCAUACCAUCAGAUUCACGUUAUGUUCCUUGAUCCGUUGAGUUCGUGGCACCUCCCAGAACGGAAACCUUUUCUAGCACUGAUCAUCGUUAUUUUAUUUCUUUGAAAUCGAACGGACGUAGAAUCACGUUUCUUCGUAAUAAAGAAUCGAUAAUUAUUAUAAUUUACUACCAAUCAUUACGAUAAAAUUAAGGUUACAAAUAGUAAGAUAGAAGAUUAUGUAGAUAGACUCACGUCCUUGAGGAGAUCAUUUGUCGCCCUUAAAGAAAACGGUUGGUCAGAAGUGAAGAUACAAUGGCGACGUUACGGGGGCAUCGCAUGGCUUAAAGAGAAGGAGAACGAAGAGGAGGCAAAGGAUGGUCGUUAGUGGAGGCACCGGGCAUGCAUUAACAGUACUCCGGAUGGUCCGGUGAUUCUUCGGUUCCAUGACUUUCUCUCCCGCCUACCUAUGAAGGAAGACAAGGUAGAAACAGAAGAAGAAGGAGAAGAAUAAGAAGAAACAGAAGAAGAAGAAAAGAAAAAGGAGAAGAGUCCAUAGUGCUGGCGUUACUGAAGACGCCUCGGGGGGAGAAUUCUUGCGCAUUCUCAACAUCGAGUUAAGACUUCAGUCCGUCGUGAACCUUCUGCUAAAUUGCGUCACCCCAAAAGGGCCGACAACAUUGACUCUUCUUUCGGUUUAUCUUCGUGAACUUGGAUAAACUAUACUUGCGUGAGACUAAAUCAGUGGACAAGGAUUUAACGAACGACGUCAGACAUUCACGAACAGACGUGGAGAUAGAUUUGUUGACGACAAGAUCAUCAUUGUCAUUAUCUCCGCCAUUAUGUGCCGAAUCCUCGGAAUUCUUGCAUUAUUUUCCACGGUUAGCGUAAUCAUUGCUCAAGAUUACGAGAUUUCCGACAUUCAAUGCAGUGGCGCCGGUUCAGCAGCUGAUCUUCUCACAGCGAAAAUCAGAAGACCGAUCGGCUUCAGAGGAGCUCCGCUAUUUGCCGACGAUAGAUCAGCCAAUCCUCUCAUCGACAUUCAUUGCCAAAUUAGACCUGAUCCUAACGAUUCUCAAGAAGACAAUUACUUUCUCAAAGUGACGGAUUUUUCACGAUGCGGUGUUCUCAAAAGAAACGGAUUUAUUCAUUUACGGAUAUGGUUUCCGGCAUUUCCUGGUGUCGUAAUGCUGGCCGAUCAAGAAUUGAUCCUCAUGUGUCGUCCACCUGAGCCCACAUUGCUUAGGCACAAAGCGGCUGGUUUUGCUGGUACCUUUCCACAUGGUGCUAGAGUAUCCGGUGUAGUAGAGGAGACACCAGGUCGCUUAGAAUACGAAGUUGCUCUUUAUCGUGAAGCUACGGGCAAUAUAUCAGAAUCUAGCGGAUCCCAAACAGUCGAUCAGGCAGUGCCAAUAGGUACAAAACUUCAGCUGAGAGCUCGUAUCAGUCCUGACAGCGCUUGGGGUUACAUAAAACUUCUGGAAGUAACGGUCAGCCCUGAUCCCGAUCAACCGCAUGCCCCAGGGAGCGUCAUCCUUGUUAAGGAUGGCUGUAGAAAUCGAGAUUUCGCAUCAAUCAUUCCUCAUCAACCGGCAAGGUAUCGCGAGAGAAAAAACGAGGUAUUUUUGGAUUUCGAAGCAUUCUUGCUUAGUUCUAUGCGAGAACGAUCUACCUUAUGGAUACACUCGCAAAUAAAAGCUUGUAUGGAACCACAAGAUUGUCAACCGGAUUUUUGCUUGGAUCUUUUCGAACCGUCGGGUCAUGGCAAACGAAAAAAACGAGAUGUCAACGAGAAAGUCGAUGGAGGGUUUUUGCCUAAAGUCGAACGUCUCAUUAAGAGUUACAAUGACUCAACGCCUUUUACGAAAUUCAAGGAGAACAUUGAGUAUACCGUCAUGAUGCCAGACGAUAUUUACAACAAAGUUGCAACCGGCUUGGAAGGUAAUUGCGGCGGUUUUCUUUACGUGACUAUUGGAUUAGGUGCGUUAUUAGUUCUAUCCGCCUUCAUUAUGUGUUAUUUGGCUUCUCGUCUUCAUAAUUUAUCUUCAUCCAUCUCGCAAAACAAAUUCAUUGACGAUCUGGUACGAGAUAGAGCGAGAAAAUAUUGUGACGCGACAUCAGGAUACACUGGACGGUCUACCGUACAAUAAAAUAAAUCAAUCUAUCUAUUUAUACUCGAUAAUGUUUUUGAUAUAACAGGAAAAAACAAACGUGAUGUAGGAAUGUUAGAAAUCGAAUGAUGAAUACUUAACAUUUGACAAGUACUUAUAUAUGUAUGCAUGCUCGAUAUGUGUAUAUUUAUCCCAUCUAAUUUAUUUAUUCAUUUUAUAGAUUAUAUUUUUCACAUAGUCUCAAUGUUUAUUAUAAUAUUUUAUAAAUAUUAAAUGUUCAUCACAGCUAGUUACGAUGGAUUUUCUUUAUCGACGAGAUAACAAAUUAUUAUAGCACAUUAUUGUGUCAAUGCGAUACAACUGAUAAUACUUUAUAGUACAGUUAUAUUGAUAAACUAUCAUUCUAAUACGUAAUACUGAAUACCAAGAAUCUUAGGAAUUUUUAGAUAUAAGUUAAAAUAUAAAGAAGGUGUCACAAAUUAAAACGAAUAUAGAAAAAUAUUUUAUAGUACAAGCGCUCUAUUUUCUCUUUUCUUUUUGCAUAUAUUCUGAAUAUUCGAAAUAUGUCCAUGUGCAAUGCUAUCACGAGACCUGAUAAAGCGAACGCAAUAGUCGAUCGCCCAUACUUACAUAACAAUCAUAGUAUUUAAGUAUUUGCAAAAGUGCAUUUCAUGAUCAAAGUGCAUGAAAAUAUUGGGUUGGUUAAAGGUUAAAAUAAAAUACUUCACACUUUGUACAUAAAUCUGCACGAUAAUGUAUUAGUUGAGCUCAAUUAAUUUAAUAGAAAAAAAAUCGAAAUAUAAAAAAACCGACCGUGUAAGAACGUGUAAAUUUCUUUGCCAUCCAAAAAAUCAUUGACCGUUUAGAUUUAACGAAAAGAAUAUUGAAAUAAUUGUACGUGUAUAGUCGCAUUAUAUUUAUUAUAAAAUAAAACAAGGUUAAUCAAA